UUUGCUGAAUCUGGUCUUUCUCCUCGUGAUAUUGAUGUGGUAUGCUAUACCAAGGGGCCAGGGAUGGGUGCACCAUUGUUGGUUUGUGCAAUUGUAGCCCGCACUUGCUCUAAGAUAUGGAACAAGCCAAUAAUAGGAGUCAAUCAUUGCAUUGGACAUAUUGAAAUGGGCCGGCUAAUAACUAAGGCUAAGAACCCAACGGUGUUGUAUGUGAGUGGUGGCAAUACGCAGAUCAUCGCCUACUCGCGUCAGCGCUACAGAAUCUUUGGGGAGACAAUUGAUAUUGCAGUUGGCAACUGCUUGGACAGAUUUGCCAGGGUGCUGAAGUUAUCCAACGCACCCAGCCCCGGCUAUAAUAUUGAGCAAGCCGCCAAAAAGGGAAAGAAAUAUUUGCACCUACCCUACAGUGUAAAAGGUAUGGAUGUGAGUUUCUCCGGCAUCCUGUCGUACAUGGAGGACAAGAUCACUGAGUUGCUGAAGGAAUAUACUCCUGAAGAUCUGUGCUACUCGCUGCAAGAGACUGUCUUUGCCAUGCUGGUUGAGAUCACCGAGAGGGCUAUGGCACACUGUGGCUCUGAUGAGGUACUGAUUGUAGGUGGGGUAGGUUGUAACCUCCGUCUGCAAGAGAUGAUGGGUGUGAUGUGCGCUGAAAGAGGAGCUAAACUAUUCGCCAGUGAUGAACGCUUUUGUAUUGAUAACGGUGUGAUGAUAGCUCACGCUGGAGCACUAGCUUAUCAGUCCGGAGCCAGACCUGGGUUUGAUGAGUCCACUAUCACACAGCGGUACCGCACUGAUGAUGUACUUGUCACCUGGCGUGAUGACUAAGUUUGUCACAGUUAGAGCCUUUUUCCACUGAAUACGACUGCCAGUGUUGAAGACAAUAUUGCUCGGAUAUGGUAGUCGAGCAAGCAUUAGUGGAAAAUAGGUUUUAAGUGUGGUUUGACAUGUAACUUUGUUUUCUUUUACACCUGGUGUGUAGUAGGUGUGUGUGUUAGGCAUUUUUUUUCAAACAUUUUUGAUUGCAAAUAGCCUAAUGAAUAAAAAACAAAUUAUGAAUAUUCACCUAUAAAAUCUAUCUAUUUUUUUCUAUAUGCAUAUAGUAAUUGUCAGAUAUCUUGACUGCUCUGAACUUCGCGCGAGUUUCUGGCGCCGAACACGAUUAUAGGUGUAGUGGGAUGAGGACGCACGAUCUUGAGCCGCCAAGACAUUUGAAAAGAACUAUACUAAUUUACUGGUUAUUUAAACGUCUUCACUGGUGUGUUAUAUACCUGUAGAGGUAGUUAUUAUCAACUUUAAACACCAUCUUAAUAACUUUCGCUGAGUAACUUUAGGUGAAAUUGUAGGAGAAGUUUUGAAGCUGAAUUUAAAUUGAUCUUGAAAAAAAAUUGACGUCUAAAAUAUAGCUGUUACGAUCUUAUCUGCUAUAUGUUAAUUAUUUUUGUUAUUUUUUAUUUUUAUUGUUAAGUCAUACUCUAAACUUAUAUGAAUUUUUAUUGUUUUUUUAUCUUUAGUAAGUAAGUGUAGCAGCAGGUCUGUAUAAUGGUAAGUCAACUUUUCAAGUACAUUUUCAGUAGUUACAAUAUCCAAAGAAUGUUUUUGAUAGACUUGUUCUUUCUUAAAAUAUAUAACCAAUAACAACGUAACAUAUAAUACUGAAAUAGUUUAUGUACUAUCAAAUGUAUGUUAUUAAAAUUGUUCCUUUCAUUAUAUGUGGCAAUUAGUAAUAAAAAAUACACAGCAGGCCUGUGUAUUAAUAAUUUAAGUCUGUAAACAUGGCAUUUAGUUCACAUCAUAAAUAAUAAGUCGAUUAUAAAAUCGGAUCACAAACUGAUUAGUAAUUCGACUAUUUGUAUGACUUGUAUUCAUUUAUAUCGAUUUCCUUUUCAUUGUUUUAU